AUGCCCCGUUCAUUUUUGGUGAAGAAAAUCAAGCUUGAUGAUUUCUCUUCGUCCAAUUUUGCCAACUCCAACCAUCAUCACCACCACCUGGACGACUCCUUCACUUUUGCACGCUCCAUCACAGACUCGGUGACCAGCCUCGGUGUUCGCCUCAGCGAGAAUGGCUAUAUCCAGGAUUACAUCACGCCAUCUGUUUACCAGGGGGAGAAGAAGAUGGAGCACAAGUUGGCGUCGCCGGUGUCAGACCCCCUGUACACGCCGCCCAGCAGCGGAGGGGAGUACUGUGACCCCGACCUGAAGCAGCCCGACAGCCCCCAGUCUGGCAUGACCGCCAGCGGCUUCUACAGUGGUGAAUCGGAGGCCCUGGCCGAGGGUUACACCAUGGAUGCCUUUUUCAUCUCUGACGGGCGCUCGAGGCGAAAGGGUGACACCGAGAGUCGUGGAGGAGGCUCCAGAAGCAGCAGCGCCAACGCAGGGACUCCGGAGGGGGUACCCGGCACGGCUCGCCAUUCCUGCAACGAGUGCGGCAAGACGUACGCCACCUCCUCCAACCUCAGCAGACACAAGCAGACGCACCGCAGCCUGGAUAGCAAGAUGGCCCGCAAGUGUCCCUCCUGUAAUAAAGUGUACGUGUCCAUGCCGGCAUUGGCCAUGCACAUCCUCACUCAUGACCUCAAGCACAAAUGCGACGUGUGCAGCAAAGCUUUCAGCCGGCCGUGGCUCCUUCAAGGUCACAUGCGCUCACACACGGGGGAAAAGCCCUUUGCCUGCGCCCACUGUGGCAAAGCCUUUGCUGACCGUUCAAACCUCCGCGCCCACAUGCAAACACACUCUGCCUUCAAGCACUACAGAUGCAAGCGCUGCAAUAAGAACUUCGCUCUCAAGUCCUACCUGAACAAGCACUAUGAGUCGGCUUGCUUCAAGGGCUCUGCGGACGAAGACGACUCUGGAUCAGAAAUCUAA